GGGCGGGAGAUUGUCGCCCCGGCGGUGUCCGUGUCUCAGGCCGCCCUCCCGGUGCGGUGGGGCCGAGCCCGCUGGGGCCGCGCGAGGGCGCGUCCGCCCCGUUGCUGGGAAACGGCGUCUGGCCUCGCGGCGCCGGCGCGAGGGCAGUGACGUACUUCCGGCGGCCUUACGGAGGCAGCAUGGCGGCGGAGGAGCCCGCGUCUGCUACGGCUGUGAGGGCGGCGCCGCUCCUGGCGCUGGAGCCGCGGCUGCAGCGCCAGUUCCAGCAGAAGGUGCAGCGGGCGCGCACCAAGAGGACGGCCAAGGAGGAGCUGACGCCGGGCGUGGUGUUCGUGGGGCAUCUCCCGCGGGGCCUCUUCGAGCCGCAGCUCCGCGAGUACUUCGGGCAGUUCGGGACGGUGACUCGACUGCGGCUCUCCAGGAGUAAGAAGACUGGAGGCAGCAAAGGCUAUGCAUUUAUAGAGUUUGAGUCUGAUGAUGUGGCCAAGAUUGUUGCAGACACAAUGAAUAACUACCUGUUUUCUGAGAGACUGCUGAAGUGUCAGUUUAUGCCUCCUGAAAAGGUGCAUGAAAACCUCUUUAAAAACUGUGACAAGAUGUUCCGGAAGCCUUCCCAGCCGGCUGUGCGGCGGUACAACAGGAUCCGCUCCCUGGUGGAGAAGGCCAGGAUGACCAAGCGCCUGCUGCAUAAGGAGAGGCUUUUGCGGAAGAAGCUGGCUGAAAAGGGGCUCGAGUAUGACUUCCCAGGAUUUGCUGCGCAGGCACUUUGCAAAAAGAGAAAAAAAAUCAAAACAUCCAAGAAAUCAAAACUGAACAUAUCUUUGAGCAGUCAGGAUCCCACUCCAGUCUGUACUCCAGCAGUGCUGGAGCGCCGGAAAGCUGCUCAGAUGGGUGAUGACACAGAGGAUGAUGAAGUAACUUUCAGGCUUCCUUCUGCCAGUGUUAAGAACGCUGUGCAGAGACCAAAGAAGCAGUCAACAAAGACCAAGCCUGAAGAAACAGAAACAGACUUAAUUUUUUUGUGGCUGUAGCCAUAUUUUUCCUCAACUUAAAAACUAUUGAGAUGGAUUCUACUGUGUCUGCUGCCCUGGCUUGGUUCAUCCUGCCUAGACUGUUUCAGUUUUUCUUAGGCAAGGACUCUGUUCACAAAUCCCAUCCCUCUGGUUUAGGCAUCAAGGGACCUAUGGUCUUUUCUGCAUAUGAAGAUGUUCUUGACUUUGUGCUCACAAGUGCCUGUGCUAUGACACAGCUACAAUAGUCCAAAAUAAUCAGUUAAUUUUGUAACUCGUGUCUAGUGCUCAACUGUUUUGGAAGAAAAUGUGAGGCUGUCCAUUCAGAGCUUGCUAAUGCAAGCAACUGUAUCUUAAAUUUAUAAUUAAUGACAGGUUAUUAAAAAAUUUACCAUUUUUCAACUUUA